GAAUUUUAAAAUUUAUUGGAGGCAUGCGAUCUAGAGAAUUCUCGUCUGUGCGGAACACGUGGGUUUUCUCGGAGUAAUCGAAGUAAUAACAAGCACAUCGUUCGACACUUUCGGCAGUGCGAUCACAUGUAGUGAUUCAAAAAUCUGUGAGACGGUCCGAAUUAAUUCGGUCCGAAAGAAAUCGCGGGCCGUUGCAAAAGGGAUUACAUUAGCUUUGUGCCUUUGAAGAGACCAAACAUAGUUAGAGACAGCUAAAGGAGAAGGAGAAACAGAGGUUAAAAACGAUAAUUGUAUCAAAAGAAAGCAAAUUCUAAUUAGCUUCUCUCUACUGGAUUGAUGAAUGGUCACGAGCACAAGAUGAACUUACCACUAGUGUACUUCGAUAUUUCUGUGGACGAAAAGCCACUGGGACGAAUUGUGAUGCAAUUACGUACUGACGUUGUGCCAAAAACAUCGGAAAAUUUUCGUGCCUUGUGCACGGGAGAGAAGGGUUAUGGUUACAAAGGGAGCUAUUUCCAUCGUAUAAUUCCAAACUUCAUGUGCCAAGGUGGUGACUUUACGAAUCACAAUGGUACUGGUGGAAGAUCCAUCUUCGGAGAGAAGUUUGAGGAUGAGAAUUUCGAGCUCAAGCAUACCUCCAUGGGUACACUAUCGAUGGCAAAUUCCGGGCCGAAUACAAAUGGCUCGCAAUUUUUUGUUACCACUAUCAAGACACCUUGGCUGGACAAUAAACACGUUGUGUUUGGUAAUGUUUUUGAAGGAAUGGAUGUUGUAAGGAAAAUUGAAAGUUACGGCUCGUCGACUGGAAAGACAUAUCAGAAAAUUAUGAUAGCGGAUUGUGGUCAAUUAUCAUGAGCAAAUUUAAAAUAAAUAAGCGAUGAAAUAAAA